AUGACGGAUCAGCUGGAAAAGAAUGAAAGGAGAGAGUGCAAUGAUCCUGGCCACCAGGUAGCUACCACUAACCAUGCCGAGCUGUCUUUGAAGGGCCCUACCAUUUCCAAGAAAGGGUUCAACAAAGCUGUAACUAAAACUCAGAAAAAGGAAGGGAAAGAGUGCAAGAGAUGCCGAAAAGUGAGCUAUUCAAUUUACAUCUAUGAAGUGCUGAAGCAAGUUCAUCCAGACAAUGGUAUCAAAGCCAUUAGCAUCAUGAAUUUCUUUGUGACUGACAUCUUCAAGCAUAUUGCAGGUGAGGUGUUGCUCUUGGCCUCUUACAAUAAGGAUUCAAUUAUUGCUUCCGGGGAGAUCCAGAUGGCCAUGUGCCUGCUGCUGCCCAGGGAGCUGGCCAAGCACGCCAUGACCAAGGGCACCACGGCUGUCCCCAAGUACACUAGCUCCAAGUAA